AAUAAUGAAUAUUGGUAGCCAUCUAGAUGUCAUCGUGAUACAGUCUACUCUAAGGGGAAGAGCAUGAAUGACAACAACACCGGGACCAUGUCCUCCUUAGCUGUCACAACCGUGUGACACGUCCGUGUCCGUACAACCUCUCAACAACAUUGUUCCAUAAUGCUACAGUAUUAGCUAAACCUGUUCACUUUACCAGUAGUAUACAAACAUUAAGUGGCACGGAAAUGAAGGAAAAUGUUUUGAGUCUGGUAAAAUCACCUGUGAUGUUGUGUAGGCUAUAGCUAUGUUUUAUUAGUUAGCUAGGGUUUGAGAUAGGUGUAUCUAGCUGUCUUAUGUGUAUUUCUUCAAUAGCUCAAUUGAUUUCAUAAACUAAAUUGGAUAUAUGGCUGUACAGGUUGGAAUCAACCCAAGAUGAUGAAUCCUGAAGAUGUGUCAACCCCUACCGUGCCCCAUUCUUCCAAGAGCUCACUGAGUUUGAAUGAAGACCUCUAGUGAGGGGUGAGAAGAGCUGACAAAUCAGAACUGAGGAUGAUUGUUACGGAGCCCCAUGAGGAACACCUGAUGCAGGGCUGACUUCUCUCUCCUAUCUGCUCUCCAGUCCAAACUGUUCCGUUGUGUGUUUCAGCGCCUCUAAACCCCCUUACCCUGAAUAGUUGCUCUGAUGACCAUGGAUCUAGGAUUGUACCCAAUCUCCAUCUUGGAUGGAAGCACCAUCGGCCCUCACGGAUAGAUAGAAGCCGGCUAUAAAGGGAUUAUUUUGGCUGCCGAACACAGGAGGCACGCUGUGCCACGAGGGACCACCUGGAGGCAGACCCCUCGUCCCUGAACAGAGGAAAAGGAAUUUGGCACAAAGGGCUUUGGCACAAGGUCCUGCGUGUUGGAACACUUCUUGAAGGAAUUUACCCUGUUGGACAGGGGAUUUUGGACUGUUUUGCCAUGUGUCAAAUCAGCUUGCCAUCCGCUCCAAAUGACCUCUACUCGUGGUAUACAUCACACCAAAAAUAAAGCGUGGAAGGACAGUCUCCCUUGACAGGAGGGAACGAAAAUAUGCCCGACAACGCCAUUCCACCCCUGAUGCUUUUGCCUAAAGUGAAAGUGCGUUGGAGUGGAGUACUCCCAGUUUUCAUCCUACCCUCUUUGCCUCUUUUUUCUCUACUCCUUUAUACUCUCAUAUCUUCCUCGGUGGCUGUUGUUAGUUUGCCGGGAUUAGACUAUGACUAUGGAGCCCAGCCAAAGUUUGUUUGUACCCCGAUUCCAGCGGAUGCAGACCCAAGCUGCUUCACACCAGGCGGGGCAGCACACGGACCUGCUCACGACAGACCCAGCACUAAUGGGCAUCAUGGACCUGCUGCAGGGGCGGCCAAUGGUAACGGCAGGAGGUCGAUGGGGAUGGGGAUAGGAAUAUCAGACGAGGCCAAAUCCACCAUCCUGCACCUUCGCGAGAGCCUGGUGCGGCAAAAGGAGACCAUCUUAGACCAGCGGGAGACGAUCAGGGAACUGACUGCCAAGCUGACACUCUGUGAGGGCUUUGGCCGGGGGGUGGGUCAUCACGAUGACCAUCACGACAACCACCAUGGAACCCCGCGUCUCAACACCCAUCACCCGAGCUCGCACCACGCCUACCAUGAUGCUGACCACCACGGGGAUCCACACUACCCACUGAACAAUGGACAUCGAUCGGACCCACACCACCGAGGGAAGGACAACGCUGGGAGCAAGCAUGGGGCCUUCUCCCCUGAGAAAACUAGGAAAACGCUACAGACACUCAAGGAGAGGCUGGAGAACUUGCAGGCCAGGAAUUCCUCCAGCUCCUAUUCAAGCUCACUGAGAGACCUCCUGCAACGCAAAAUCAAUGCACUUGAGAAGCAGCUCAACAAUCACUACGGUGGGCAUCAUGGUCACCAUGACGACCACCACGAUGACCACCAUGACGACCACCACGAUGACCACCAUGACGACCACCACGAUGACCAUCAUGACGACCACCACGAAGACCAACACCAUGAUGACCAUCACAACGACCGUCAUGGCGAACACCAUGAUGACCAUCAUGACCUUCACCACGAUGACCACCAUGAUGAUCUUCACGAUGACCACCAUGAUGACCACCAUGGAAACGGUCACAGUGACGAUGGUCACCAUGGCAACGACGACCAUGGCCAUCAUCCUCGUCCAUCCUAUAACAGCAAGCCGCCGGCUCCAAGACCUCUUGGCCGUGGACACAACAAGCUUGAAACUGUGCUGAGCCACCUUAACCACAGGAACACUGACCCUGGUACCCGGAAAAAGCCAAAUAGUCCGGAUGCUUUCCAGAUUGGCUUCCCUAUGCGCACUAACUACAUAUAUGGAAAAAUAAAGAGGACCCUGCUCAACGAAAUCUUCGCCCUCACUGUCUGCCUCUGGAUAAAAGGGGGAUCAGGGCCUGGCCUCGGCACUCCCUUCUCCUACUCUGUACCGGGACAGGCCAACGAACUGGUUCUGAUCGAAUGGGGCAACAACCCCAUGGAACUACUGGUCAACGACAAGGCAGUGACAUUGCCCAUGGCAAUGACGGAUGGGAAGUGGCAACAUCUGUGCGUGACAUGGUCGACACACGAUGGGCAUUGGGAGGCCUUCCAGGACGGUGUAAAAAGGGGAUCUGGAGAGAAUCUAUCUGCAUGGCAUCCCAUCAAGCCUGGUGGAGUCUUUAUUCUGGGCCAGGAACAGGACGCCCUAGGUGGCCGAUUUGACGCCACCCAGUCCUUCGUGGGUGAAAUGUCAGACCUCCAGUUGUGGUCCCGCGUUCUCACGCCCAAUGAAAUCUACAGCCAGGCUUCCUGUGGAGGUCACAUGGCCGGUGACCUCAUCACCUGGACAGAGGCAGUGGUUGAGCUUCACGGUGGGGUCACCAAAUACCCCUUCGACCCCUGCCACUAAGCACUACCCCACUCUGCCUCAUUAAAAAUGUCUGAUCACCAAGCCCAUGAUGUCAGUCAACCAGCUGUACGGUGUGGCAGCAAGGGCUCUGUGCGCUACACUGCAGAGACAUUCUGCUAUUUUUGCCAUCCAUUUCCUCUCUGUUCUGCCUUCCCCCUCGCUGGGCCGAGGAACUGAGAGGACUUUAAAAGAGCAACGGCUGGAUAUAACCGAAUGGUCAUGACUACAGCUGCUCCCGAGAUCCAGUACAGGUAAUAGGAUUCCCUGUCUCUAGAUGGGUCCAUCCAUGUAUGCCCCGGCCUUAGCAAAGCCCUUCAUCAGUCAGGUGUUCAAAGAAUCAAAACCUUUUUUUCUGGGACGUAUUACGCCUGGAUAUGGUUCUCAAAGUCACAAUAGUCCAGGUGUUAUUUGUUCGUCUUUCUGUUUUUGACUGGUGAUCAGGAUGAUACCAGUGAUAAAAAGGAAAGCACUGAGGUAGAAUGCUCAUCAACCAACUUUGGACAGUAUGGAAUGAACAACCUAAAGGCACUGAAAACAGAGCCCUGCAGAUGGCAAGUGUAUGAGUUGGAAGACAUUGAUAAAGAUUUGAUGGUUGAAUGUGAGGGAUUACGUAGUAUUUUUUUGAACAUGAAGAUGGGAGGAGCUCCUCUAGGGAUGUUGUUUUGAGACUUUUAGCCUGUCCCGACUCUACCAGAGAUUUUAGAGGCCUGUUUUCUACUACUGUGUUGUACACACAUGCAACUGAUCAACAUUCCACUGGAUUUUUCACAGGAACUUAGCUCUACAAAUAGCUGAUGGUGCUCUGCUUUUGGUUAAAGGAGUUUGCUUUGUCUGUUUGCGGAAACAUAUUUUUGUAAGUACAUGUGUUUUAAUAAAAUGUUAAAAAGGUGGACAUUUUGUAAGCUGGAAUGUCUGUUUUAACACAGCAAAACUUGUGGGUUUGGUUUCGACAUAUUUCUAUGAGUGUGUCUGAAAUGGCUGCCAGGUUUAAUGCAACAGCAGAGUUGACAUUGUCAAGUCUGACUUGUGGACAGGUGCCCACAUAAAUACAGGUUAACUGGCUGUCAAGAGUUCUGAGGUAAUGCUGACAUCUCCAUGGUAACCUGGUGCUUACAGUGGGAUUUACCUGACAAGUAGAGCUCUGACCCAGAUCCAGACUAUUUCCGUGCUGUCAGUAGCAUACACAUGCUCUCAAAUAGGCUAAAUUCACACAUGCACACAAAACAGCUUGGAAACAAAAAUUUAAUGCUGUAAUGCUCUAAAAAAUCUGUUGCUUUUUAUUAGUUGGGUCUUGUGUUUUUAAUGCAUGUAAAAUACUUAUACGAAUCUGAAAAAUAUAGCCAAUGUAUUGAAUAUCAACUGUGAAAUUGCAUAAACAAAUACACACAUUACAUUUUUGGUAAGUAUAACUUAUUGUACACAACACAUCCUUUCCUUAUCUAUCCUUUCAGUGUAUACGUCCAUCCCUUAUCUGUCUGUACAGCAUACAAAUGAGGAAUUAAUUUUAUUAGUUCACUUACCCCCAUUUCAGUGUAUUAAGUUCGGACUGUCUAUCGUCUCAUUGUUUCACAUGAACACUGAUCGUAAAAGCACAGAACAAUGAGACAGAUAUUUCACGGGAUGGAUAAAUGUGAAGCAUCCGGUUGCUGUUUCCACUCACUACCAGAUAUGGUGAUGAGAGGAAGCCCAGUGGCUGGCAUUGGGAGAAGAUGGAGCCAGAUGGAUUUUGGCUGACAUUUUGCAAAUUCUUUCCUUGAUGAAACAUUUGAACUCGAUACAGUUUUCUGUAAUCUGUAACAAACAGAGUGGACAACGUCUUGUAAACUUUACCCUUUGCCAAAGUUUCAAAUAACUGCAUUGUUUAGAAGGAGUGCAAGGGCGAAUUGAGUUAUUGCACACUUCACAAAGUAGUCGUUCCCUAAUGUAAAUAUGCAAAUAAAUACUAGAAUUCGCCAAUAGGAUCUCGCUAGCUAGUGCUUGGUUCCGUCCAUAUUCUUGCUUGGUUCUGCCCACUAUGAUUCAUUUGCUCCCAUUGAAAAUAAAAGGCUCUGGUCUAUCUUGGGCUAGUUAUAAAAAUCUUUGGUAAAAGGGUCUGUUGUUGCCAUGGUGAUAGUACAGACCUUGGCUGGACAUAGCCCCCUGUUGCUAAUAAUCAUUACAACCAUUACAGUAUGUUAGUAAAUAUUUGUUAAUGCACCUUUGUGAGAGGACAUAGUGGUAUGGAUUGUUUUAUAAGAGUUUAUAAUGCCAAGAUGAGCAUUAAAAAAAAACAUGCUCCAGUUUAUUUUCCUGAUAGUGGGCUAUAUGUAUGUAAUGUUUCCCAACAUUUUGUGUGUAUGUUUCUAAUUCAUUACAUUUAAAAAAGAUGAUUGAUUAAUAAAUGCUAAUACAAUUGGAUAAAAUGCAGUUUAAACAUAGCAUUGAAUGCAGUUUCACCAUCAGAAUCUACGUUGCUUCCAUAAAGUUUGUAUAAUCUCGCCUUUGGUAUACAUUUUAUCUGUAUAUAAAGAAAUUCUCAAUAGCUUAGUUUUUCUUGUCUGUAAAUAUUGAACAACCUUUUAUUUAUUCAUGUCUGUGUAUUUGUUCAAAAAGUCCCUUUCCUGUGUAUGUAAGCCAAAACUAUAAGAUGAAUCGUAAAACGUAAACAAGAAAUAAAUGGACUAACUCUGGUAAAUAUUA